AUGUCGAGCUCUCUAGCGUGUGCCGGCGGCGGCGAUGGCGGCGGCGGCGGCAGCGCGUCGACGACCGUGACGGCGACCGGGUGGCACGUGCUCAAGGUCGAGGACUACUCCCAACUGAAGGGGAUCGGCGUCGCCAGGCGGAUCAAGUCAAACCCGUUCGUCGUCGGAGGCCGCAGCUGGUGCGUCACCUUCUUCCCCGACGGUUCCAGCGAGGAGACCGUCGAUUGGGUGUGCAUCGGGCUCCGUCUUGAGCGCCGGCGGCGGCACCACGACGACGACGACGGCAUCGCUGUGGCACGAGCCAAGUACAGUUUCCUCGACCAGGUCGGCGAGCCGGUGCCGUCGUCCACGGUGGGAGGCACCAGCGUCCGCGUCUUCUCGAGACCAGGCCAGUCAUGGGUCCACCCGGAGUUCAUCAGGAGGGAGGACAUGGAGUCGUCCCACGUCAGGGACGACAAGUUCUGCAUCAGGUGCGACGUCACGGUCAUCGAGAGGAACUGCUGCCAGGUGCCUGCGACGGUGCCGCCGUCGGACCUGCGCCGGCACCUCGGGGACCUCCUGGCUGCCGGUGCCGGAGCGGACGUCGCGUUCGAGGUCGCCGGCGAGACGCUCGCCGCCCACAAGGCCGUGCUCGCCGCGCGGUCGCCGGUCUUCAAGGCGGAGUUCUUCGGCUCUCUAUUGAAGGAGAACGCCGCGACCGCGACUCAUGUGAGGAUCCAUGGCAUGGAACCAAGGGUGUUCAGGGCCAUGCUCCACUUCAUCUACACCGACUCGCUGCCCGAGAUCGGCCCUGACGAGAGGAUGGCGAUGGCGCAGCACCUGCUGGUGGCCGCGGACAGGUACGACAUGGAGAGGCUCAAGUCGAUGUGCGAGUUUGUCCUAUGCAUGCAUGUUAGCGAGGAUGUGGCGGUGAGCACACUCGUGCUCGCCGAGCAGCAUGGGUGCCAUCAGCUCAAGGAGGCGUGCUUCAAGAUCCUCGGGUCCUCUGGCAAAUACAAGGAGCUGCUGGUAGGGGAUGACUUGGAACAUCUGGCGAGCAGUAGCCCCUCCCUUCUCGUCGAGCUCUGUGCAAGGCUUGGUCUGGAUGAGCUCUGA